CUCCGUAAUGUACGUGAGGUGCACAGUGAACCUCUGCAUCACCACUAUGCCCUCUGCCAAAUGCCCAGACCUGUGCACCACCAGGCUCACCCGCUCUGCCAUGGUCAACAACGUAUUCAGCAGCUCCUACACCAUCACCUCCCCUGCUGUCAGCCUCGUGCACACCCCCGCCCCACCCACCACCCUUAGCACUGCUCCCGUAACCACUACUACUACUACCCCUACCACUACCCCUACCACUACCACUACCACUACUACUACUGCCCCAGCUACUACCACCACUACUACCACCACUACUGCAGCUCCCACAACUUCGCACGCACCAGAAAAAGCUCCAUCUUUGGCUGUGGGCGCAAUAGUGGCUUUUGUAUGUGUCAUUCUUAAGCCCUUCCUCUGAAUAUGUCGUGUGGUGACAAGGAAGAAACUUUCUACAUAACUCUUUGAAUACUUAAAUUUUUAUUCAUUGCUGAAUUACUAAUAUAAAAUGACGCAAUACUUUCUAGUGCUACUGAGUGCCUUUCUCAAAUUGCACAUUUGAAAUCACGGUAUGUAUGAAAAAGAAAUAUUUUAAAUGUUUACUUUUUAUCUGUAAGCUCCUUCUAAACCCUGGUCAGAUGAAGGCAAAUAAAACCAUCUUUACUACUUCAAAGACUAUAUAUUUUCUGAAAAUAAAACUAUAUUAAACAUA